AUGUCUGAAAACAUCGAUCAAUUCCGUUUUUUAACAAACACUUCUUUUGAAGAAGCACGAGAUUAUUUAAUACUUACAGAGGGCAAUAUAGAACAAGCUGUUACUCUUUUUUACGAAGGUGACAUUCGAGCACCACUACAAUCAUCAUCACUUACUACUAUCGAUGAUGAUGAGUUUUAUGAGACUGAUGAGUUUUAUGAGGUUGAUGAGAUCGAUGGGAUUGAUGAGAUUGAUGGGACUGAUGAGAUUGAUGAAAGCAUUACCACCACAAUACCAAAUACAGCCACAACUACUAAUAGCUUUAAAACUGUUCUUGAU